UUUAUUUUCUCUCCGCAGCGACGAAUCGUUCCGCAGUUUUUCAUCCGCGUAGUGGAAAAAGUUAGUGAAAAUUCGGAAUUUCCCGGUCACAGUGCUCGAUCCGGUCGAAUCUUUCGCGACAGAUCCACUUCCGGUUUGGUGCUUUCGCACUGGGAGUAGGAAAAUCGUGCUUCGUGGCUAGCUAAAAUGGCUCAGCAGCAGCAAACUUCUGCUGGUUCCUUUUCUGCGGGUAGCGAUGGGGAUCCGAAGGGAAAAUCGUUCCAACAGAUGGGUACUCUGAAGAAGAAGUACAAAGUGGUCAUCAUCGGGGCUGGGAUGGCCGGACUUUCGUCCGCUAACCAUCUCGUUAAGAAUGGAUGUUCGGACUUCGCUAUCCUGGAAGCGCGGAACCGUGUCGGGGGAAGAAUCAUCGGAAUCGAUAUGGGAUCGCAGAAGAUCGAGCUGGGAGCCAACUGGAUCCACGGAGUGCUCGGCAAUCCUAUGUUCGAGCUCGCGAUGCAGCAUGGACUCAUCAGCAUCAUUAACAUACCGAAACCCCACAAAAUAGUGGCGGCAACAGAGGACGGCAAACAGGUACCGUUCCAGGUUCUACAGGAAAUCUACGAAGCCUAUGUCUGUUUCCUGAGGCGAUGCGAAGAAUAUUUUCUUUGCCAGUACCUUCCUCCGCCAGAUAUUCACAGUGUAGGAGAGCAUAUCAAUUUGGAAUCGGAGAUCUACUUAAAUAACAUAGACGACCAAAAGGAGAAACAUUUGCGACAGUUGAUAUUUGAGUGUUUGUUGAAACGGGAAACCUGCAUCACCGGUUGUCACAAUAUGGAUGAAAUAGAUCUGCUGGAAUUGGGCAGUUAUACUGAGCUUCAGGGAGGUAACAUUGUGCUCCCUACAGGUUACAGCUCCAUUUUGAAGCCCCUCUGUGAUACUUUACCACCUGAAAACAUAAUACUAUCAUGUCCGGUGAAGACCAUUCACUGGAGGCGAAAAAGCCGGGCUCGAGACAACAAUCAAACAGAAACAAUCCUCGAAGAGGAUGAAGACGAUAUCGACUCUGACGAUUCAGACAAAACGGUGACCGAAGUACCGAUUGGUGGAACAGGAGACUCAAAAAGUGAUAAUAAGAACUCUAGCUUAAAGCAUUAUACGUCAAACGUGCAAAUCGAAUGCGAAAACGGAACAAUCAUUGAGGCAGAUCACGUGAUUUGCACAGUUCCGUUAGGAGUGCUCAAGGAGCAAGGUGAAACAUUGUUCACUCCUAGUUUACCCCAGUAUAAGCUAGAAUCUAUUGAAUCACUCCUGUACGGAACGGUAGACAAAAUCUUCCUAGAGUACGAUCGACCGUUCCUUAAUGCUAAGAUUAGUGAAAUAAUGUUUCUCUGGGAAACCGUUGAACCCGAUGCCGAUGGAGACCAGGAAGAGUUCCUCAAGGCAAACUGGUUCAAAAAGAUUUACUCCUUCUCGAAAGUGUCCGACACUCUACUGCUGGGAUGGAUUUCUGGCCGGGAGGCCGAGUACAUGGAAUCAAUAUCGCACGAAGUGGUCGCUGAAAAGUGCACCGAGAUAUUGCGGAAGUUUCUGCAGGAUCCCUUCAUUCCAAAACCAAAGCGCUGUGUGUGCACCAGCUGGCACGCGCAACCCUAUAGCCGGGGUUCAUAUACGGCCAUCGCCGUCGGAGCGUCUCAGGAUGACAUCGACAACAUAGCCCAGCCACUCUACUCUAGUCCCCACCAGUCAAAGCCAUCGGUUCUGUUUGCCGGAGAACACACGCACUCCAACUUCUACUCCACGGUACAUGGUGCUUAUCUGAGCGGCAGAACAGCUGCCCAAAUCCUACUUACGCCAGAUUCCCCGCAGGAGAUCGUGAUGGAAUCGGACAGCUCGGAUCUCAGCUCCUGGAUCCAGGGCAUUGCAUUGGAGUAGAGGCAGUCGGUGUUUUUCCUAUUCCAAUCUACAAACAAGCCUUUCAACGUUGUAACUCACAAACAUUUGACGGUUUUUUUUCUUUGUUUUAUAUAGUUUAUGUUCUACUUUGGUACGUUUCUAGUUGUUCGUUCCCAAGGGUUGCAUUUUGUAUUCUCCUCCGUAAUGUUCUAGUGUUUUCGUUGUUGUGUUAUUAGUUGUCUACUCACCAGCCCGUUUGUUCUGCUUCCAAGUUUCGAUCAUACUGCAGUCGAAACUUGCGUUUAGUAAUGUUCACGUUUUUUCACGUUUAUUUUUGUAUUCCCUUUUUAUCAAAAGGAUUUAACAGAUUAAGCUAGACUGAAAUUAGAAAUAGGUUUGUAGUAGGAAAGCAACCCGGAGGAAUCCUGAGUUGUAACUUGCGUUUAGUUUACAAAAUCAACGAUAGCAACUAGGAACAACCAUUAUGCAAUAGGUCUUAAACAUUGAAAGAUCCAUUUAUUUAUAAAAAAAUGACAAUGCUUAAAUAAUUAUAUAAUUUCUUUUAGUUUGUUAUGUACUUUCGUUUUUUAUGCUUCUAAAAUUCAAUUCUUUGUCAAAUAUAAAUGUAGUAUUUGUACAAAUACUUCUACAAACUGAGCUCUCUUCCUGCAAUUGCAAUAUCUUCCAAUAGUUUGCAACUAGCACUUUCGUCCAGUUCCUAAUGGUUAUUCCCAUGUUGGCUUUAUGUUUUCCACUGAUUCUAGUCUACAAUUUUCAGUUCGGCUCAAAAAAGGCCUAGGUACCAUAAACGCUUGCUCCAAAAAGUUAAGAAACAUUAUGCAUUUGUAUAGCAGUUAGAAGGGCAGACCACGUUAAAAAAUGUUUGCUUCAAAAACACGCAUUAUAAACAGUACACAUUACACAUAUUCACGUACAAUCACACAAGCAACGGUUACAACGGACAAAGUUUGUAUUAAGAAAGGCUUAAGGCUGGAAGCUUGCGCAAAAUAACGUCGUUUCGCCUUUGUAAAAUAAUCUAGGAGCAGCAAGAGCUUCAAAUAAAGAGAAACUUUGUUGGAAGGAACUCGAGGUUGAAUAUAUCGGUUAUUUCUAGAGAUUGCCAAUUUGUAUAAGAAGCAGUGAUUAGGUGAUGCAACCGACUUCUAGUAGGUUGUAGGUAUUAAGACACGAAACAAUCGGUGCAGAAACAGGCUUUGAACGGAACGCGGUGCGCAAAGCAAAAGAGCAUACCAAAAAUGAAGUUGAAAGAAAAACUAAAUAGUAUUUUGCUAUAAGUAAUAAACAAACACAAAUGAGAUUUCAAUCCAUUCAUUAAA